UUUUUUUUUUCUCUCCAUACAACAAAAUUGGGGCACUAAAUAGAUUAGAAAAUACCAAAAAUGGCCCACUAAUUCUAGUAUAUAUUCAAUCAACCCCCAAUAAAUUCUCGUUCAAAAUCAUCCCAUUAUAUUUUCCAGAAAAUUGCCAUGGAACCACCCUCCAACGUACAACACUCAAAGCACGCCCAUCUCACCGAACAAGAGAUCGCCUUCCUCGAACCCAUCAUCCAAAGGUACCACCAUCCUAUGCAGAACAGCAGCAGCAGCAACACUUGUACCUCCCUCAUAGUACAACGCAUCGAAGCGCCGGCGGCCGCCGUCUGGCACUUCGUGCGCGCGUUCGGCCGCCCGCAGGCGUACAAGCACUUCACCAAGAGCUGCGAGCUGGUGGAGGGCGACGGCAGCACCGUCGGCAGCCGGCGGCGCGUGACAGUGGUGUCGGGGCUGCCGGCGUCGACGAGCGACGAGAGGCUGGAGAUCCUGGACGAGGAGAAUAGGGUUCUGAGCUUCAGGGUUGUUGGUGGGGACCACAGGCUGAGGGAUUACGUGUCGGUAACCUCCGUUAAUGACGUGAUUAUUAGUGAUGCUAAUAAUAGGGUUUACUGUGUGGUGUUGGAGUCGUACGGUGUUGAAAUACCGGAGGGGAAUACUAGGGAAGAUACGAGGAUGUUUGUUGACACUAUUGUGAAGUUGAAUCUUCAAAACCUUGGUGAAGUUGCCAUGGCGGCGGCGGCGGAGGCGGCGGCUUCUUUGCAUGGUUUUGAGGAGUUGGGUUCUUUGCAAAUUUGUGAUUAA